AUGGUCUAUUUAAACCAAGCUAAACCUCGCAAAUUAAAUAACCAGAUAGGGUGGUGGCGACAGGUAAAUGUGUUCCUUUAUACCGGUUGUUGGUCACCAAAGAAGAAGGAUCCGGAACAGGUUGAGCUUGCUCUUGCGAUUGUUGUAGAAGAGGCUUCACAGCGUUGGCAUCAGAAACAGGCUCCUGGUAGUAUUGCUGUUGCGAAGAAACGGCCUGCUGCUGCGGUGGUUGUUGUGGCUGUGGCUGAGAAGGUUGUUGGGAAGGUUGUUGUGUUUGCGCAGAAGUGA